AGGGAGUCUCACCCUAGCAACAGCAAGAUUAUAAACGAUGAGAGCUCUCAAUUGUAGCUAGGUAACCGUUUGACAAUUCAGACGUUUUGUUUACAUUUACAGUGAAAGAAAAUUAAAUGUGAGUUUCCCAUAAUUUCCGAAAUGGACAAACUGCAGGCAGAAGAUGCACGGUACUUGAAAAGGAAAGUAAAACGGGGGAGUUUGGAUGUCCACCCGACAGAGAAAGCCCUCGUUGUUCAGUAUGAGGUGGAGGCGACUAUCCUCGGCGAAAUGGGGGACCCGAUGGUUGGAGAACGCAAGGAGUGUCAGAAAAUCAUCCGCCUUAAAAGCUUAAACGCCAACACAGACAUCACCACCCUGGCUCGCAGGGUGGUGGAGGAAUGCAGGCUCAUUCAUCCAUCUAAACUUCCAGAGGUGGAACAACUGCUGUUCUACCUGCAGAACCGCAAGAAGCCAGACAAACAAGAGAAACAUUCGCCCAGAGACCUCACACCAUUUGAGGGGAUGGAGCUGGAUGAGGAGGCCAACAUCAACUGCAUAGAUGAAUAUGUGGAGCUGCUGUAUGAAGACAUCCCAGAGAAGGUCAGGGGAGCCACCCUCAUUCUCCACCUCGCCCGCAACCCUGACAACCUGGAAGAGCUACUGCAGAAUGAAACGGCCCUGGGAGCUCUGGCCAGAGUCCUGAGGGAGGACUGGAAACAGAGCGUUGACAUGGCAACUACCAUUAUCUACGUCUUCUUCUGCUUCUCCAGUUUCUCCCAGUUUCAUGGGCUAGUGACCCACUAUAAGAUCGGAGCCCUCUGUAUGAACAUCACUGAACACGAGCUGAAGAGGUACGACCUCUGGCAGGAUGAACUGCAGAAGAAGAAGAAGGCUUAUGAAGAGGACCCUGACAACCAGAAUGUGAAGAAGGAACAUGAGAAAGCCUUGAAGAAAUACCAGGGCCUCCUGAGCAAGCAGGAGCAGCUUCUACGAGUGGCUCUGUACCUGUUGUUAAACCUGGCUGAGGACACACGCACAGAGCUGAAAAUGAGGAACAAGAACAUCGUCCACAUGCUGGUGAAGACCCUGGACCGGGAGGACGAGGAGCUACUGGUGCUCGUGGUCUCCUUCCUCAAGAAACUCAGCAUCUUCCUGGAGAACAAGAACGACAUGGCAGAGACGCAUGCGGUGGAGAAGCUGGCCAGGCUGCUGGCCUGUGAUCAUGAGACCCUACUGAACACUACCCUGCGUCUGCUCCUCAACCUUUCCUUUGACACAGGCCUCCGCAGCCAGAUGGUUCAGGCUGGACUCAUCCACAAACUCUCCUUAAUGCUAGCUGACGAGAAGCAGGGACAGCUGUGUAUGUGCAUUCUGUACCACAUCAGUGUGGAUGACCGAUUCAAGUCCAUGUUUGCCUACACAGACUGCAUACCACAGUUGAUGAAGAUGCUGUUUGAGUGUGGUGAGAGCCACAUGGAACCUGAGCUCAUCUCCUUCUGCAUCAACCUGGCUGCCAACAAGAGGAACGCACAGGUCAUCUGCGAAGGUAAUGGUCUGAAGAUGCUGAUGAAGAGGGGACUGAAGUUAAAGGAUGUUCUUAUCAUGAAGAUGAUCAGGAACUUGUCACAACAUGACGGACCCACCAAGAACCUCUUCAUAGACUAUGUGGGUGACCUAGCGGCUCAGAUGGGAGAGGAGGAGAGGGAGGAGUAUGUGAUAGAGUGUCUGGGGACUCUGGCUAACCUCACCAUCCCUGACCUGGACUGGGAACUGGUGCUGAAGGAGUACAACCUGGUGCCCUACCUCAAAGACCACCUCAAACCAGGCUCAGCAGAGGAUGACCUUAUCCUAGAGGUGGUGAUCAUGAUAGGGACGGUGUCCAUGGACGACUCCUGUGCUGCCACAAUGGCCAAGUCUGGCAUCAUCCCUGCUCUCAUCGAGCUGCUCAACGCCCAACAGGAGGACGAUGAGUUUGUGUGUCAGAUUGUCUAUGUGUUGUACCAGAUGGUGGUCCACCAGGCCACCAGGGACGUCAUCAUCAAGGACACACAGGCUCCUGCCUACCUCCUUGACCUGAUGCACGACAAGAACGCUGAGAUACGGAAAGUCUGUAACAACACACUGGACAUCAUCGCUGAGUAUGAUAAGGAGUGUGAGAGAAAGAUCCAGAGUGAGAAGUUCCGUUGGCACAACUCCCAGUGGUUAGAGAUGGUGGAGAACAGAGCCAUGGGAGACGACGGAGAACCCUUCAUGUUUGGAGACGAUGGAGAAGCAUUCAUGCACAACGGAGACAUUCUGGAGAGACCCGACCUCUUCUACACCGCAGAUGGGAUCAUCCCAGCAGAUGGUACCAUCAGCCCAGAGUUCUUCACAGACUACCAGAACGGAGACAUUGGCCAGGCUGGAGGCUUUCCCGGCAGUAUGAAUCCGGAUAUGUUUGGGCAGUCGACGGUGACCCCUGGACAGCGCCCUGCCACGACCUACGGCACCCGGCCAGACGAGCAGUUCUUCUACAGCUACGCUGGUGCAGCUUCCAGAUGAACCAGGUUAACUUCACUAUACCACAGAGACUGACUGUAGCAAUGUCUCAUCUAGCCAGGUUAACUUCACUAUACCACAGAGACUGACUGCUGCUAUAUCCCAUCUAGCCAGGUUAACUUCACUAUACCACAGAGACUGACUACAGCUAUAUCCCAUCUAGCCAGGUUAACUUCACUAUACCACAGAGACUGACUGCAACUUUAUCCCAUCUAGCCAGGUUAACUUCACUAUACCACAGAGACUGACUACAGCUAUAUCCCAUCUAGCCAGGUUAACUUCACUAUACCACAGAGACUGACUGCAACUUUAUCCCAUCUAGCCAGGUUAACUUCACUAUACCACAGAGACUGACUGCAGCUAUAUCCCAUCUAGCCAGGUUAACUUCACUAUACCACAGAGACUGACUGCAGCUAUAUCCCAUCUAGCCAGGUUAACUUCACUAUACCACAGAGACUGACUGCUGCUAUGUCCCAUCUAGCCAGGUUAAUUUCACUAUACCACAGAGACUGACUGCAGCUAUGUCCCAUCUAGCCAGGUUAACUUCACUAUACCACAGAGACUGACUGCAGCUAUAUCCCAUCUAGCCAGGUUAACUUCACUAUACCACAGAGACUGACUGCAGCUAUAUCCCAUCUAGCCAGGUUAACUUCACUAUACCACAGAGACUGACUGCAGCUAUGUCCCAUCUAGCCAGGUUAACUUCACUAUACCACAGAGACUGACUGCAGCUAUAUCCCAUCUAGCCAGGUUAACUUCACUAUACCACAGAGACUGACUGCAGCUAUGUCCCAUCUAGCCAGGUUAACUUCACUAUACCACAGAGACUGACUGUAGCAAUGUCUCAUCUAGCCAGCUAUGCUUUGUGGUCAUGAAGGAGUAUCAACACUCCUUCUUGUAUGUUCAACAGCACCUUGGUAUCUCAGCUGAUCCCUUCUAGUGCUGAAGUCCAAACUCUAGCAGUGAUGUUGUUGCUGUUUUGUUGAAUGAAAACAUUACAUCUUAAGCUACCUAAGUGAUGUUGUUGCUGUUUUAUUGAAUGAAAACUUCACAUCUUAAGCUACCUAAGUGAUGUUGCUGAAAAACAAUAUUUGGCAUUUUGUUUUUAGCUUUUAUUGUAAUAUUAUACAUCUCAAUGUUCACUACAAGUAUGUAUUUCUGUAGCAUAAUACAACAACACAAACUAAAAUGAAUUAUUCAAUUAUACAUCCAUGAUAUAUAUGUUGUACUGGGGUUCAUUGUUUUUCUGAUCAACGCUACUUUCCAUAGGAUGUUUUUUUUCCUCUUCAAAUUCCAGAAGGUUGGUUGGUAUGGCACAGUCUUAUUGUCCACUAGCUGCACUAGCUGCAUUCUGUAACAGGCCAUUUUAUAGAUGACCUCAUUCUGGAGACUGACAUUUGAGAUGUUCUCCAUCAUUUCUGUCUUUGCAGUCUCUUUCUGUCUCUCUCUCUUUCUGUCUGUCUCUCUCUGUCUCUCGCUCUCUCUCUGUCUCUCGCUCUCUCUGCUCUGUCUCUGUCUCUCUCUCUGUCUCUCGCUCUCUCUCUGUCUGUCUCUCGCUCUCUCUCUGUCUGUCUCUCGCUCUCUCUCGCUCUCUCUCUGUCUCUCGCUCGCUUUCUGUCUGUCUCUCGCUUUCUGUCUGUCUCUCGCUUUCUGUCUGUCUCUCGCUUUCUGUCUGUCUCUCGCUUUCUGUCUGUCUCUCGCUUUCUGUCUGUCUCUCGCUUUCUGUCUGUCUCUCGCUUUCUGUCUGUCUCUCGCUUUCUGUCUGUCUCUCGCUUUCUGUCUGUCUCGCUUUCUGUCUCUCUCUCUCUCGCUUUCUGUCUCUCUCUCUCUCGCUUUCUGUCUCUCUCUCUCUCGCUUUCUGUCUCUCUCUCUCUCGCUUUCUGUCUCUCUCUCUCUCUCUUUCUGUCUCUCUCUCUCUCUCGCUUUCUGUCUCUCUCUCUCUCUCGCUUUCUGUCUCUCUCUCUCUCUCGCUUUCUGUCUCUCUCUCUCUCUCUCGCUUUCUGUCUCUCUCUCUCUCGCUUUCUGUCUCUCUCUCUCUCUCUCGCUUUCUGUCUCUCUCUCUCUCUCUCUCGCUUUCUGUCUCUCUCUCUCUCUCUCGCUUUCUGUCUCUCUCUCUCUCUCUCGCUUUCUGUCUCUCUCUCUCUCUCUCUCGCUUUCUGUCUCUCUCUCUCUCUCUCUCGCUUUCUGUCUCUCUCUCUCUCUCUCUCGCUUUCUGUCUCUCUCUCUCUCUCUCUCUCUCUCUCUCUCGCUUUCUGUCUCUCUCUCUCUCUCUCUCGCUUUCUGUCUCUCUCUCUCUCUCUCUCGUUUUCUGUCUCUCUCUAUCUCUCUCGCUUUCUGUCUCUCUCUAUCUCUCUCGCUUUCUGUCUCUCUCUCUCUCUCGCUUUCUGUCUCUCUCUAUCUCUCUCGCUUUCUGUCUCUCUCUAUCUCUCUCGCUUUCUGUCUCUCUCUCUCUCUCUCGCUUUCUGUCUCUCUCUCUCUCGCGCUUUCUGUCUCUCUCUCUCUCUCUCUCGCGCUUUCUGUCUCUCUCGCUUUCUGUCGCUUUCUGUCUCUCGCUUUCUGUCGCUUUCUGUCUCUCUCGCUUUCUGUCUGUCUCUCUUUCUGUCUCCUCACACCACUGGAUAGUUUUACUGAAAAUGUUGUGUGUGGAGUCAGGCACUGAAUCGCAUCUGAAUUUUAUUUUGAAUGUAACUUUUUCACUCUACCUUUGUUAGUGGUGGAAAUACUUUAUGAAUUUGUACAAACAUUGAAGGAUUGUUUAUUUACCUGUUAUUGUGUAUAUAAAUGAACAAUUAGUUAGGUUGAUACGUAGUGCUCAUCAGAAAUAUCAUAAAAUCAUUUUUCUGCGGCCAAUAUUUAAAAUAAAGUGUUUAAAACGGA